AUGAGGAAACUCCCAGUGCAGGAAGAUGUGGGCUCGUGUGACCUGGACAGAAAAAGCCUAAAAGAUGGACCAUUUCCAUUCAGUGUCAUCUUCCAGGUGGCGAUGUCUGUGUCCCCAGGAGCCGAUGGCUGUGUGGGCUGUGAGGUGCAGGUGUGGCUGUUAGAUAUGGGAGUGAUCUUCCUGGACCGUCCACGUAAGGAGCUGGGCCUCGACUUGUGUUUUCCAGGCUGUGUGACACUGAGCGGCCCCGGGACGGUGAGGGGCACCGAGGGGGGAUCCCUGAGCCUGCAGUGUCGGUAUGAGGAGAAAUUCAAGAACAAUGACAAAUACUGGUGCAAAGGACCACGUCGUAUAUCAUGUGAGACGCUUGUGAAAACCAGUGCAUCAGAAGGAGAGGAGAAGGACCGAGUGUCCAUCAGGGACUGUCCCGAGCAGCUCUACUUCAUGGUGACCAUGUGGGGCCUCACAGCGGAGGACGAAGACGUGUACUGGUGCGCCAUUGAUAUAAAAUGGUGGGACCGUGGACUGCUCCCCCUACCAAUCUUGUUCCCGGUGAAUGUGUCUGUGUCUCGAGUGGGCCUGCCUGUGUGUGCUGCUCCCUGGACAGGCAGCCAGGAGGACUCCAAUCAGAGCCAGCACCCGAGGUCUCUGCUCAACAGCGUCCACAUCAGGCUCCUGGUCUUCCUGAAGGUGCCCCUGCUUCUGAGCAUGCUCGGUGCUGUCCUCUGGGUGAACAGGCCUCAGAGGCUCCCCAGAGGGCCACCAGACGAGCAGCGUCUGUACAAGGACGACCAGCUCCUGGAGGAUGCCAGGACUCCGGGCGAGUGCGGCUUCACCAGUCAGACAGCAAGACCCCAGGCUCCGGCCACCGUGGGGCUGGCCUUCCGGUCAGAUGACACAUUUGAGGCCCUCUGCAUUGAACCAUUCUCUAGCCCGCCGGAGCUCCCAGACGCGAUAAAGCCACAAGAUUCAGGAAAACAGUGCCAAUGA